AUGCAGCUCUUCUUCUUGUGCCUGAUGCUUCUCAGUCCUUGGGUGGCCGCCCUCGGCCGCUACCACUCCCGUGAGUGGAGGAAGAGCACCAAGGAGCUCCCUGGAGCUGCCAAAGGGGCUGCUAGGAGCAGAGACUUUGCCUUCGACCUCUACAGGGCCUUGGCUUCAGCUGACCCUGGCCAGAACAUCUUCUUCUCCCCGCUAAGCAUCUCCAUAUCCCUGGCCAUGCUCUCCUUGGGGGCUCGGUCCCACACGAAGACGCAGAUCCUUGAGGGCCUGGGCCUCAGCCUCCAGGAAACCCCCGAGGAAGAGCUCCACAAAUCCUUCCAGCAGCUUCUGCAGGAACUCUGCCGGCCCAGGGACGGCCUCCAGCUGAGCCUCGGCAACGCCCUGUUCACGCACCCGAAGCUGAGCAUUCAGGAUGCCUUUGUGAGCACCAUGAAGAUGCUGUACCUGGCAGACAGUUUCCCCAGCAACUUUGGAGACCCUGUGGGGGCCAAGAAGCAGAUCAACGAUUACGUGGCAAAGCAAACGAAGGGCAAGAUUGUGGAGUUGGUUAAGGACCUCGAUAGUGACUCAGUCAUGGUCAUGGUGAAUUACAUUUUCUUUAAAGCUAAAUGGGAGACGAGCUUCAGCAGCAAAAACGCCCAGGAGAAGGGCUUCCACGUGAGCCCCGAGACAGUGGUGCAGGUGCCCAUGAUGAAUCACGAGGACCUCUACUACUACCUCCAGGACCGCACCCUCUCCUGCAAGGUGGUGGGUGUCCCCUACCAAGGCAAUGCCACUGCUCUGUUUAUCCUUCCCAACGUGGGCUCCAUGGAGCAAGUGGAGAAUGGACUGAAUGAGAAAGUGCUGCAGAAGUGGCUGAAGAUGUUCAGAAAGAGGCAACUCCAGCUUUACCUUCCCAAGUUCUCCAUCGCGGGCUCCUAUCAGCUGGAGAAAGCCCUCCCCAAGCUAGGGAUCCACGAAGUCUUCACCUCCCAAGCUGACCUGAGUGGCAUCACCAACCAUGCAAACAUUCAGGUUUCUGAGAUGGUGCACAAGGCCAUGGUGGAGGUGGACGAGUCAGGAACUAAAGCUGCCGCAGCCACAGGGACGGUCAUCAUGUUCAGGUCGGCCCAGAUGAGCACUCCCAGGAUUGUGUUCAACAGGCCCUUCCUGAUGCUCAUUGUGGAGCACAUCACCAAGGACAUCCUCUUCCUUGGCAAAGUGACCCACCCCUCAUAUGGAGGAUCCUUCUGA